GUGGUUCCAGUCGGGCGUCAGCUUCCUGGCGGUGAAGCCCAGCGACGUGGUGGCCUGGGAGAUCAAACAGGAAAUGGCGGCAGGAGGCGGGUCCUUGGCGGUCAUGUGCCAGAGGAAGUCCUCCUCCACGGCCGACAGGUUGCAGAGUCCAUCCUACGAGGUGAUGCAGUUGGACUUUGAGGUAGACAACGUGAUCAGUUUGGCGCCCACACAGACGCUGCACUGGGUGGUAGAUUACCUGGCAGGAGCCCCGCCCUCCGCCGAGAGAGUGUCUCACCUUUACGUCAGCAACGCAGACAUCCAAGGCAUCGUACCUUUGGCACAGGACACGGAGGUGGUGAACACGGCCAUCCUGACGGGCCGGCGGGUGACGCUGCCUGUCAAGCUGGUCGCCGUGGAGACGGACGGACAGGUGAGGGAGGUGGACGACCUGCUAACGUGCCGCUCUACCGACGUGGACGUGCUCAAGGUGUCCCCCACGUGCGACCAGGUGUUCGUGAACGGCAAGGAGAUGCGUGGGCGUCAGUCUGUGGGCGUGGUCUUCACCUACAUGCACCUGUCUGCCCAGCUGGCUCUCAGCGUGUGGGUGCCCAAGCUGCCCCUGCAGAUCCACGUGUCCGACACCGAGCUCAGCCAGGUCAAAGGUUGGCGUGUGCCCAUCGCCCCCAGCAGGAGGAUGAGGCGAGACAGUGAAGACGAGGAUGAGGACGAGAAGAAGGGCAGCAAAGGUUGCACCCUGCAGUACCAGUACGCCCUGGUCCGAGUCCUCACCCACUUUGUGUCCGAGUCGUCCGACCCGAGAGGCCAGAUGGUCUUCAUGCUGGGCGCUGACUGGCAGGCGGACAUCACACACCUGGUCUUGGACCAGCUGAAGGUGGAGGACCCUCGCAUCGCCAAGCUGAUAGACGGGAGAGUCCUGCUGGGCCGAGACCUGGGCAUCACCACCAUCCAGGUGUUGUCUCCUCUGUCCGACUCCAUCCUGGCGGAGAAGACGGUGACCGUGUUGGACGACAAGGUCACCAUCACGGACUUGGGAGUCCAGCUGGUGGCUUCUUUGUCGCUCAGUGUGACGUCCAGUCCAGGACACGAGAGAGCCAUCCAGCUGACCUCCACGGCCAGCGAGCUCCUGCAGGCACCCAAACAGGAAGCAGCCAUCAGCGCAUGGAUUCAUUACAGCGACGGUUCUGUCACGCCGUUGGACAUCUACGAGCCCAAAGACUUCCUGCUGUCUGCCCUCUCAUUGGACGACAACGUCAUCUCAGUGACCAAUCAGGAGCAACACUGGCCCGUGGUAGUGGCGGAGGGCGAAGGCCAGGGGGCGCUGGUCCGCGUGGAGAUGGUCAUCUCCGAGAGCUGCCAGAAGUCCAAGAGGAAGAGCGUGCUGGCGUGGGGCGUCGGCAACGUGCGGGUCAACUUUGGCGCCAAGAACCAGGCCGGGGACGGGAGAGCGCCGGUUCCCGAAGGAAGCGUCGCCGCCGACAACGGCAGCAACCACCAACAGCGGGAGUGGAAGUCCGACAGUGUGGAGCGCGAGGAAGGCGCCAUGAGGAAGGUUGGCUUAACCACCAAGAGUACCGUCACCCACCGAGCCGUCGGCGGAAAAUCCUACAGCAGCGGCGGCGGCGGCGGUCCGAGUCAAGCUGGGGACUACGCUAGCCUCCCGGCCCAGGUGGAGGUGCCCGGACCUGCGGACAACGAGCUCACGCAGACCACCAGAGGACUGUCGGACCUGGAGAUCGGGAUGUACGCCCUGCUGGGGGUCUUCUGUCUGGCCAUUCUCGUCUUCCUCAUCAACUGCGUCAGCUUUGCUUUCAGAUACCGCCACAAGCAAGUCCCCGUGCUGGAGGCGGCCGGCAACAUGAACCACGCCCACGACUGGGUGUGGCUCGGCAACGAGGCCGACCUCCUGGCGGACCACCCUGACCAGUGCCCGGGCUCGCUGCCGGACGAGUGCACCACCAUCAUCGACCGCAGCGAGGAAGGCUACGAGGAGAACAAGUACCUCCUGAACGGGGCGGGCGGCGCUCUGGUGAUGGGCGCAAACAGCAGGGGCGCCCUCGGCGGCGGGCACCGCGGCGUCUCUCACGGUCAGACGUUACCCAGGUCCAUCCCAGAACCCCUCCAGUGCCUUUCCGCCAUCGCCGCCGACAACGCGCCCCAAGCGGCCGCCGCCAACAAGCGCAAACGGGUCAAGUUCACCUCGUUCGCCACCGUGCUGCCCGACGACCACCCGGCCGGGGGCGGCGGCGGCGGCGUGCCGCCCUACGCCAACUCCUCUGCGCCGCGCGGCGAGGACGACAUCAAGUGGGUUUGCCACGACAUGGACCUGGCUCAGUCGGAGAUCAGAACCUACAUGGAGAGGCUGCAGGACAACCUGUGACUGGGGGUCG